GGCGCCCUGCCAGAAGGCAUUGUGAGGAUCCAGGUCGGCGACGAGCUCUACGUCAUCAAGCUGAAGAGGAGGGCUGCGGAGAAGAUCAGCACCAUCGUCUACAGGAACAUUAACGUGACGAAUGGCUGGCCGCAGCUGGUGCAGUGCGCUGACAAGACGUGGGGCCACAUCGUAGGCGACGCUGCCAAGGAGCUGAGCGAGACCUGUAUGAAGAACGUCAUGCAGAAGAUUAUCGAGGAGCCUACUGUUACCAAGGCGGACGUGAGCAUGUACCGUAACAAAGUCGUGAACGAGCUGCGCAGUGGCUCCUAGGUGACGACACAUCGAGAAGAAU